UUUAGACACGGAAGUCCGCUGCAUAUGUUCCCAGUUUCCUUCAGUUGUGGAUCUACAUUUGUUCAAAAAAAGCGAGAUUCUUUGGAUAUGGUGCGACGAGAUUUGUCCGAUAAGUAGAUUCAAAUCAAUCUGUGGCUGAUUAUAUAAGCUGAAGACGUGAAACUGUUUUGUGUGCAGCCACAUUCAGCCCCGGCUCCUAUGAGGGAUCUAUGAGAGAUGGAGGAGCUCUACACCUUGGAGAGGGAGGUGGGACGAGGCAGCUAUGGCGUGGUCUUUGAGGGCCAUAUGGCCAAAACAGGACAGAAGGUGGCCAUCAAGCGCCUCCCCUGCAGCAACCCGGAGUGCAUUGAACUCUACCUCCAGGAGCUGUGGGCCAUGAGAGCCACGGCCAAGAACCACGUCAACGUCAUCGCCCUCCACAGCUGCCUGCUGCAGACGGGACCUCGCAGCCUGAAGCCUCUGAAACCUGGAAAACUGCCUCUGCGUCUGGUUGAGACUGUGCUGAAGGGCAGCGUGGUCGGAGCACAAAGUGAGGACAGGAAUGACGUCCAGGCUAACAUCCAGAGGACGACUAACUCUGUCUCCAGACUUCAAGACAAAACCAACACCGUACAGGCCAGAGCUAAGCUCCAAGAGGGGCCGAAGUCAAAUUCAUCCAAUUCUAUGACCCCGCAAAGACCCUCCAACAGAGCCAGGAAGAGAGUGUGUCAGAGCAGAGAGGAGCAGCCGGGCCCUCUGCGAUGCCUGGCCCUGUGGCUGGUCAUGGAGUACUGUGAUGGAGGAGAUUUAAACCAGUAUCUGCUCUCCAGACCUCCAGACGUCCAGCGGAACCUCAGCGUGGUGAGACAGCUCUGCAGCGCCGUUUCCUUCCUGCACAGCCUCGGCAUCACCCACCGAGACCUGAAGCCCGACAACGUGCUGGUCUGCAUGACGCCAAAGGGCCCCGUAGUCAAGGUGGCAGAUUUCGGUCUGAGUAAGAUGAGCGAGGGCGUGAUGGACGGCGGUCCGACCAGGCAGCACUUCUCCUCCACCUGUGGCUCGGACUUCUACAUGGCUCCGGAGGUGUGGGGGGGACUCCCCUACACUGCCCAGGCAGACAUCUUCUCCCUGGGCGUGAUGUUCUGGGCCGUCCUGGAGAGAAUCACCUUUCUGGAGGAAGGAAGUUCAGAGGAGCAGCUGGGUGCGUACGUGAGCAGGGGGCGCUGGCUGAUGCCUCUGGGGGAGGCUCUGUGGGAGAACGCCGGCCUCCAGCUGAUCAUCCCUGUCAGGUUUAAGAGGGCGCCCCCGCUGCCGCCCCCUCCUGGUCGGGCCGUGUGUUCGCUGCUCUCAGACAUGCUGGCCUCCGACCCGGACGCCCGGCCCCCCGCCCAGCAGCUGGAGAGCAGGCUACGCUCUGCUGUCAGAGAGGACUCCCACUGACAGGCCACAAUAAUGGACCACUACAGCCUCUAGAAGGACCUCCUGGAUGGAACCAGCAGCCGCUCUGCUGCCUGGGGGGGAAUCCAGAUUAUUAUGGGAUGGAAGGUGCUGUUUUAGUCAUGGAAGCAGCAGCAGCAGAAAGAGACGAUUUCCAGUCUGGCCUGGAGAUCCUCUGGAGGAAACGAGUCCAUUGACCUCAGACCCCCCCCAGAUGAACACUGGAUGGUCUUCAGAUGGAGGUCUGGAGGACUGGCUGUUUCCUGGAAGCUCCAUGCUGCUCGACACAGAAAAUCCAUCUGAGUCCAUGUAUGAGGAAAAACGCUGCUGCUGUCCUCAAACAGGACGACUCUUUUACUGGUUCUGUCCUUAUUCUGGGUUUUAAUUCUGAUUUGCUGAUAAAUGUAGCCGUCAUUUGUGAUUUUUGCCUGAAUAAUUGAACGACACGUCGAUGUAGCACAGAUCUGAUGAUUCACUUCAAAGAUCUAAAAAUCCCCUGCUUUAUUUGCAUUUUAUCAUUUUUCAUUUAUCUGAACUGUUGGUGUGUUUUUGCAGUUUGUUUUUUUAAAUGUUUUUUCUCCAGGUAGAAUAAAUCUAGAUCUAUUUCUAUAAGGUGGGCAUGAUUCAGUUUAAUGUACCGCAAAAUGUACAACAGACGAAAACUAACUCUUCUGCUUCUUCUUCUUCCUCACCUUCUUCUUCACAUUCUUCAGGUUGGUCUUCUUCACCACCUGUCAAACUAAAACUUGUUUCCUGCAGGGUUGUUCUAUGAAUCUUUCUCUCCAUGUCCAGCUGUUGGAACGUCUAAUAUCUGAGUUUAUCCAUCCAGAAUUUAAAUUAGAGAUGUCACUAACAUCACAGGGACUAAUCAGAGUUCAACAAGUCAGAAGCACAGAGAUGUCCUUUACUCACUUUAACAAAUCCAGAGAAGAGUUAAAAAGUCUCAGAAGUUGUCGUUAAUGUUCAGAUUGUUGUUCAUGAUGACGUUUCUUCCUGGAUGUUGAACACGUAGACCUAAAGGUGGCAGAAGGAGUUCAUCAGCGAAGGAAGAUAGCUUAAUUUAUUAGAGAUUUAUGGUUAUAUCAUUUAUUAGAGACAUGGAGGUAAAACUACUGGUCAGAUGCAGCUGCAGCCUCAGAACAUGUUGGAAAAGCAAACUGUCUCCAAAAAACUCUAAUUAAAGAUGUUCCUGAUUACAUUCUGAUGAGGCAGAUUUCCAGCUUAAGAUUUUUAUAUCAUUACAUUGAGUUUACCCAAUUGAAGACAUUUAAAAAGGGAAAUGUAGAUAUGUAGAAUUUAAGGGUAUUAAAGCUGGAAUUAAACUGUAGAUUUCUAAAACUGGAGUUAAAACUAGAUUUCUGCAAUCAGAAACCCCAAACAUGAACAGUAAAAGUGAAAUCAUUUAGUCUGAAAACUGAAAGUGUGGAUAAAAUAAGAUGUUUCCAGAUCUACUGCAGAACAUAGAGAGUCUAGCUGUUAACCCUCGUGUCGUCCUGAGGGGCAAAUUGACCCGUUUUAAAGUUUGAAAAUCUGGGGAGAAAUAUAUAUAUUUUCACAGUGAAAACUUCCACAUUUUCAAUAUUUUUGGAAAAUUUUUGAAAAUUUUUUGAUGAAAAAUUUUUUUAAAAAAAUGUUUAAGAACAUUCGGGGAAAAAAUCGCUGGAUUUUGGUAGAUUUUUUUCCCAAAUGUUCUUAAAGAAAAUAUUAGAACUUUUACUGAUAUAUCUGUAAUCAGGAUUUUUUUGGAAGCUUUUUAUAAAUUUUUUGAAAAUAUCUACAAUUUUUUAAAAAUUAUUUUUUACAUUUUUAUUUUUUGCAAAUUAGGGGGAUUUUUAAAAUAAAACUUGAGGGAAACUUUUAAGGAAUUUUUGGAAUUUUCUUCCUGAAGAUUUUGUAAUUUUUUAAAAAUAAAUUUGGGGAAUUUUUUUGCUGAAUUUAAUUUUUUUUCAGACAAGGGAAAAAUAUUUUUUAGUCCCCGUAAAUGAGGACAAUAGGAGGGUUAAACAUCUAAACCGUCUGCCUGUUUUUGUCCUUUUUGCUUCAUAAAUGAAUCUAAAUAUUACUUGAAAAUGUCUAAUUUUUGUUGAGGUUUUGGUGUUUUUUUAAAAUGUUUCCUCAUUUUUUCAUGGUUGUGCUUCGAGUCCGUCCAGUUGAAGCGAUGCGGAGCUGAAAGUUUUCUAAAACUCUGUUCCUGUGAGCGUUUCAGUGAUCUCAGUGACUAAUGAUAACUAAUACAUGAACAGGAAAUUAAAGGCCUGCUGCAGAUCACAUUCACAGCAUUUAUUACUGCUCAUCACUCUUAGUCAUGGACUCCUUCAGUGUGUUGUGUUUUGUAAUAAAACAUGAAUUGUGUCCAAAGGGCUUUUUUGUUUUAAUCGACUGUAAUUUAAAUAAAGAUGAAGCUGUA